CAAGAACAUAGAAAGUUAAAGAACGUGGUUCAAGCUUCAAAUCAUGUCAUCCGAACCGUACAGUUUUUCGUUGACAACUUUCAGCCCCAGUGGCAAGCUGGUGCAGAUUGAGUAUGCCUUGGCUGCUGUUGCUGCUGGAGCUCCUGCGGUUGCCAUCAAGGCCAAGGAUGGGGCUGUCCUUGCCACUGAGAAGAAGCACAAGAGUAUACUCAUAGAAGAGCAUUCCAUUGUCAAAAUAGAGAACAUCACAAAUCAUAUCGGCAUGGUGUACGCUGGUAUGGGUCCUGACUACCGCCUGCUAGUGCGCCAGGCUCGCAAGAUUGCUCAGCAGUACGAGCGUAAUUACCUGGAACCCAUCCCCACCACACAGCUCGUGCAGAGAAUUGCUGCCGUCAUGCAGGAGUACACUCAGUCUGGUGGCGUACGGCCGUUCGGUGUGUCCCUGCUCAUCUGUGGCUGGGACAACGACAGGCCGUACGUGUUCCAGUGCGAUCCAUCGGGCGCUUAUUUCUCCUGGAAGGCAACUGCCAUGGGCAAGAACUACAUCAACGGGAAGACCUUCCUAGAGAAGAGGUACAAUGAAGACCUUGAAGUUGACGACGCGGUGCACACGGCCAUCUUGACGCUCAAGGAGAGUUUCGAGGGCCAGAUGUCGUCAGACAACAUCGAGAUCGGCGUGUGCAACAAAGCAGGCUUCCGGCGCCUCUCUCCCGCAGAGGUCACCGACUAUCUUGCCAACAUAGCUUGAGUUUUGCCUCGUUAUAAUGGUAUCUGUCUAGGUCUCUUUCAUUUAAUUAAACUAUAUCAAAGAGA